AUGGACUUCGACGAUGACAUGUCUGGAUUGCAGAUUGAAGAUCUUGGCGAAUAUUUUCUGCAGACGGACAUCAACGACAGCUGGAAAGGAUUUGCACUAGGUUACACGGACGAAGAGUAUCAUCAGAAUCUUCACGAGGCAGCAGAAUUUCAGUUCUUCGAAGUUAUAGGGAGUGAUGCUACUAUAAGUGCUCAAAAUUUAAUGUCACCAUCAUUAGCAAGCAUCUCGGAGUCGCUGAACGUUGGUAAUGAAGUGGGAAUCGGUUUGAACAAUAGCUUCUCUUAUAAGGACGCUUCUAAUCCUUCCUCGAUUAAGCCCACCUCUGUUAGUGCCAACUCAGAGACAAUCAUGAUUAACAGAUUAGAACAAGAUACGAGGCAGCUCAAGAACUUUAGUUUGGAAGGGCUACAAAAAGUGGAGACAGUGGCAGUCGUGAGCUCAACGUCACCAGCACAACAUGGUGACAGUAACAAAGCUGUUGCUAAAAAGGCAAUAAGUCCGCUGUGCCAAAAUAUCUUGGCCGGCACUGACGAUGAUAUGAACAGCAAUGGAGUAAUCAGCUCAUCUUGUCGAAAUAUUGGCUUAAUGGACGCAUCGUGCGAACCAAGCGGAUGCUCGACUAUCGGCAGUACAUCAUUUAUUGGUAUCUCUGACGAUGGCCGAGGGUUUCGCAAGAAAUCGCGCGAAAAAAUGCGUCGUCAAGAAGUUAAUACAAAGUUUGAAGAGCUAGUAGUUCUGCUGGGCCUCUCGAGUCGUGUGCGCAAAAGUGCUAUCUUGCAGGAAGCUUUAUCCAAUAUUAAAAGUCUUAAACGGGAGCGUGAUGAACUGCGUCGCGAUCGUGAUCGUCUGCAACUUGAAGUAAGCAAAUUAGCGACGUGUUUGCAGUACUCGCACCUAGAAUCAGGACCUCCUGUUGCCAUGACCCAGCCUGACCAGCAGCAUAUGAAUGCGUCCACGCAACAAUAUGGUCAGCAGCAUGGACAUCAAGUGUCAGCACAUGUGAAUAGUAUGCGGACAGUACAGACAUAUCCAGAUGAUGUCCCACGCAACUCGGAUAUAAACUGCUUCCCACUUACUUCAGCAUUUUCCAGUAUUUCUUCACAGUCAAGGUCACUUUUAUCGUCAAAAUCCGGGUUCAAGAUAAAAGAUCGUGGCGACUAUGGUGCAGACUCGUUCGCACGGAAAAGCAAGCAAGAUUAA